CGGUCCUAAUAAAAGUCGCACUUCUGUAAACCGCAGGCACAAAGUGUUCCUCGAGGCGUGAGCUGUGGAUACCGGCGCUGUAAAUGAGCCGCUAUCGCUUUGGAUGAAACGCCAUCUUGCCGACUUCAGACAAUGCGCCAAUUGCUUUUUCUACUGGCAGUCCAUUUUGCCGCCGCAUCCUCCUGCCCGGGCGGAUCGUUUACGUGCACGAGCGGAGAAUGCCUUUCCUCCGGACUGCUGUGCGAUUUCAAGAAAGACUGCAAGGACGGCUCAGACGAGCUCUACUGCGGCUCAUGCGAUUUUGAGCAUCACCCGUGCGGUUGGAACAACACCUCCGCGUACGCUUGGAGCAGGCAGUGGGCAAACGUCACCUCGCUACCUGGACAGGAUCAUACCUCGGGGAGCCCAUGGGGGCAUGUUAUGUACAUUGAUGGCGAACAGCACUGUCAUUUUACGUCUACGGCCAUUUUGGAAUAUUCCGUUGACAAAAGGGCAGCUGUCGGAUGUCAGCUCAGCUUCUGGUACCAUCUUCGUGAUGACAAUUCCGCCGUGUCAUCUACACCCAUUAAUGUAAUCAUGGUUCGAGGGACGGCUACGCAGAAACUGCUUCAGACUCGGAGUACGACCGACGGCUGGCAGAAUGCCCGGACUGUCAUCGGCAAUCGACCCGGAGGGUACAAGCUCCAGUUUUCCUUCAGUUGUCCCUUCUUCGGAGCCACGGACGUGAUGCUGGACGACGUCAACUUCGACAAGUGCGCGGAGGGAGACGUCCCCGCCGGGUCCGAGCGGCUCUCCUGCCAUUUUGAAAAAGACACUUGUUCCUGGUACCAUGACUACAGUGCCAGUAUCCUGUGGCAACGGGUUCUAGGCGGAUUUCAAUACCCCGAAGGCAACGGCACUUACAUGCUCAUAUCCGGCCAACGUGGCCUGAACAUCUCAUCUGCGGCGAGACUGGUCGGCUUCGCUGCGGGCCGAGUCAUUUGCGUGAGCUUCCGCUACCACAUUUUUGGCGCCAGCAUUGGUUCCUUGAAGUUCAUCGUGAGGCGACCCGGUCACGCGGAGGAUAUCGUGUGGAUCAGGAGUGGCUCUCAGGGAAACAAAUGGAGAUUUGCUGAUCUUACCUUCUCCAGUGACGAACCCAUACAGUUCAUCAUUGAGGCCGCGGCGGGUGGCGAGCAAGGCACCAUCUCCAUAGAUGACGUCAUAGUGUCCAGCAGGGAGAGCGGCUCGUGCCCGGCCGAGCGCGAGUGCACCUUCCAGGGCUCCCUCUGCGGUCUGCAGCCUGUUCCGUCGGCGGACUUCAGCUGGAGUCGAAUCGACGGGACGGCCCAGCCCGCCAACUCCUCGGGCCCCCGAGAGGACCACACCCUGGAAACAAAGCACGGGUGUUACCUCAGCGCUCGGUUAUGGAAACGCCCGCCCGGUUCCAGAGGUCAGAUGGCGACUGCGCAGAUGGAGCCCACCCCCGCUCGGGGUGAAUGCUUGAUGUUUUGGUAUUACAUGGAGGGGAACGCCAUGGGACAACUCAAUGUUUACCUUCGGACCUCGAACGCUCCUGUCGAGCUUUGGAGCAGAAGCGGCGAUCAGGGGAGUCGCUGGAGGCACGGACGAGUCUCCUUAUUUAGCCCCGAUAGGCCUUACCAGGUGAUAUUUGAAGCGGUGACGGGCGACGGGCCCAGACGGGAUAUCGCCAUCGAUGACAUGACGGUUCAUAAUGGGGCGUGUCCUCCAGAAGGUUUUUGUGACUUUGAACUGGACCUUUGCGGUUGGGUGAACAAUGCUCCGGCAGAGUCCGGGGUCAACUGGGACUGGCUAUCCGGAGUCUCCCCGGGCCACCUUGUCCCAGACAAGGACCACACCACCAUGACUUCUCUCGGCCACUUUGUCUUGUACAGAGCCUACGAUUCCGACAGAGAGGAAGUGGCUCGACUGGAGAGCGAGUGGAUGGAGGCCGUGGACCAAGGCUGUCUUGACUUCUGGCACCGUGCCGAAGGCUGGCUGUCUAAGAAGCCAUCAGAUGUGACCUUGACUGUGUUCUUGAACGAGACAUCCGGCCUGCGGCAGAUUUGGAGCGCAAAAGGAUUCGUCAAUUCCAGGUGGAUCCAAGCUCAAGUCGAAUACGGCGCAUCGGGACCUCACCAGAUUAUCCUGCAAGCCAGCAGUCCGCCUUCAGAGUAUUCGACCAUUUCCCUUGAUGAUCUCCACAUCCUACGAAACAAGUCUUGUCAUGUUCUCCCCACCACCACCCCCAGUCCAGCCAUCACGACGACCACCGCCGCUCCAGACUAUGGCGUCCACUGCACCUUUGAACAAGAUUUGUGUAACUGGCUGCAAGAGGUCGACGAUGAUUUCAACUGGACCCUGAGUAGAGGACUGCAAGCGGACCAGCCUUGGGACGGACCUCCGUAUGAUCACAGUAUAGGGAAUAGCCAAGGAUCUUAUUUACUUUUUAAUGGCUCCGGAUUGGGUGACGGUAAGAGAGCGAGCAUCUCUGCCGCCGUCGGCCAUUUGAGCUCGCAAAUCUGCGUGGACUUCUGGUAUUACAUGUUUGGGCCUUCGGUAUCCACCGUCGACCUGCUGCUUGAGACGAAAUCCUCCCAAGCAUUGGUCUGGACUCGCAGAGGGACACAGAAUCCGGAAUGGAUCAACGCGCGAGUAACCAUUGACCGGGACGACGUGAUGCGGGUGAGGUUCACCGGCCACCGAAACGGCAACGGCGAGGGAUUUAUAGCACUGGAUGAUGUCGCGGUCAGCAACGGGGCCUGCGGGAAGCACAGUGUCUGCGGAUUUGAUUCCGAUUGGUGCGGCUUUGACAACGACGUCAGCCACGUGGGGCGGUGGCGGCGCCAAAGGGCCACGGAGGAUGCCGCGGAUCACACCUACGCAACGGUGAACGGUUAUUAUAUGAGUGCGCUCAUGUCAAAUUCCGAACAACCCGAGGUCGCUCAACUCUUGUCACCUGACAUCGUUUCACCUGCGGAGAUGUGCGUGCGAUUCUGGUACCGCCUGCCCGCCGGAGCGUCGCACGCGCUGUCCGUCCAUGUGUGGAGCGGGGUCCUGGGCGAGGCCCUUUGGCAGCGCUCCGGCGCUCCCUCUUCGGACUGGGAGGUGGCAGAGGUCACGGUGUUCUGGCCGACAAAGUUCAAUGUGGUGUUUAGGGCCUCCCACGUACCGGGCCUGAAUUCCGCUGUCCACCUGGAUGAUUUCUCUGUGAAGAAGGGAGCUUGCUCUCCCGCGGCCAACUGUGACUUUGACUCGGGAGCGUGCAACUGGCUCAACAGGCCCAGCCAAGACGGACACGGCUGGGUGUUGGCCAACGGUGGCUUUCUGGGUCCGCCUGGAGACCACACCACCGAAUCCCCCGAAGGUCUCUUCUUGUUGAGCUUGUCGCCACGCGGCAGCACCCGUGUGGUUGGCGUGGCAUCGGAAUGGAUCCAAGUGAAAAAAGAGGCGCCGGCCUGUCUCACGCUGUGGUACUACAUGGAGAGCAGCGACGAGUCCGAGUCCGGGACCUUGCGCGUGCUGGUUCACUGGGGCCCGUCGGAGGACCAGGUGGUGUUCCACAGAAACGGCAGCAGCGGACAGCGUUGGAAGAGCUUCUCUCAAAGCUUGGAGCCCAGCCGACCCUUCCAGUUGCUGAUGGAAGCGCAGGCGAGCGCAGGCGGCUUCGUCGCCAUCGAUGACGUCAGUCUAACGUCGGGUCCUUGCCGAGUCAACGACACGGUUUCCACCUUUGUGGGCUGCACCUUUGAAAACGACACGUGCGGCUGGGAGGACGUCGGCGGGGGCCAGGGUCGCUGGGAGCGAGGAAGGAACGCCAGCGGCGACGCCGGGCCGUCCCUCGACCACACGCUGGGAACGCCGCUCGGCUGGUACGUGGCGGCCACCCCCGACAGCGGGGAUCGCCUGAGCCCCGCCGCCUUGCGGAGUCCCAUCAUGAAGCAGGCUGGCGUCGACUGCACGCUCCAAUUCUAUUACAACAUGGACGGAGAAGACGCGGACGAGUUGAAGGUGGUGCUCGGUGAGAACUCUCGCACCAGCGUCCUGUGGUGGCAAUCGGGCGGCGGCGGCGACACGUGGCGACGCGGAGAGGUGUCACUGGGCAGAAGGCGCCAGCCUUUCGCCGUCGUCUUUCAAGCCGACCGCGCGUUCAACAGGCCGGGCCACCUCGCCCUGGAUGACGUCCACUUCGCCGGCUGCCCACUGCCAGAGCCUCAGCCCACGUGCCCCGAAGAUAUGUUUACUUGCGCUAAUAACGCAUGCGUGGAAAAGAAGCGAGUGUGCGACUUUGCAGAUGACUGUGGCGAUUGGACCGAUGAGCACAAUUGUGAGCGACGGGGCUUGACGGAGCGCUGCAGCUUUGAACGAGGCCUGUGUUCUUGGGCCGAAAGCCGCUUGAGCCAAGCGGGAGCCCGAUGGACCCGACGAAGAGGACGAGACGCCUGGCCCGCCGACGGCCCCCCCCGCGAUCACACGCUCAACAACGCCGCGGGCCACUAUAUGACUCCGGGGACUGGCCUCACGGGGACGGGGCAGAUAGUGGAGAGUCUCUCCAAAACGUUACUUCCGAGCACCAACUGCACGAUGCGAUUCUUCUACUACAGCCCGCGAGACGCGACGGGAAAACUGGCCGCGUAUUCCAGGACGCUCGGCUCGGGAAAAGACGACGUGGCGCUGUGGCACGCGAGGCGCUCCGACAAUUACGACUGGCAGAGGGCGGGCGUCACCUUCUCCUCCCCCGCCAAGUGCAAGAUUGUUUUCAGGUACGAGCGGGGCGGCGGCGACGGGGCGCACGUUGCGCUGGAUGACGUGUCCUUCUCCAAGGGGUGCGCCUUCGACCCACGCGACGGCCCCCUGCCCGAGGUGCCCCCCACUUCGGCCGCGCCCACCACGCCCGCCACCUCCUCCGCGCCCCCCGAGCCGUGCCGGGAUGACGAGUUCUUUUGUUGGCGUUCAGCGGGGGCCGUCUGCAUUCCUUCCACGUUCAAGUGCGAUUAUCGUGCCGACUGCCCCCGCGGGGAGGAUGAGGACGGCUGCGGUCCGUGCACGUUCGAGAGGGACGCCUGCGGAUGGACGGACCCCGGCCAAGGGCGGAGGAGGUGGCGUAGGCGGAAGGCCGGCGCCGGCGGCGCUUGGCCGCCCGCCGAUCACACCGUUCACACAGGCUUCUACAUGAGCGUCAACUCGAGUCGAACGUGGGCGCCGAGUGAGGCCCGACUCCAGAGCCCCCGUCUCCCGCCCUCGUCACCCUACUGCCAGAUUCUGUUUCACUUCCACAUCAGCGCAGAGUGCGCUGGCUCGCUCAGAGUGCUGACGCGGCGAGCCGAUGGAAGUGAAGCAAUCUUGUGGUCACGCAGCCGCAAGACCGUCAAUGGCUGGACGCCCGAAUCUCUGGCCCUGGGGCCUCACCUUCAACGUUAUCAGGUUCUAUUCAGCAGCUGGAAUAAUGGCUCUCGGGGAGACGCCGCCGCUGCCGCCGACGCCGCCGACGCGUGCGCUGUUGCGGUGGACGACGUCUCCUUUCACAACUGCCAGCAAAUCUUCCAUCCGCCAGCCCUCGCCGCUUUCGGUUGCACUUUUGAAGACGGCCCUUGCAUGUGGACGCAGGCGGCCGACGACCAGCUGGACUGGCUCAGCGGUUCGGGUCCGACGGACACGCCCAACACCGGCCCUGCGGGGGACCAUACCACGGGAAAAGGGAAAUACAUGUACACGGAGAGCUCGGCUCCCAGCGCAAAGAGUGAGCUUGCCCAGCUCAAGUCGGCGCCGCUCCCGCCCGCACCUCAACGGGGAUACUGCCUCGUGUUCUGGUACCACAUGUUUGGCGCCACCGUCGGUUCUUUGCGAGUGUUCCUGCUGACCGCCGAGCCGAUGGAGAAAACGCUGGUGUGGCAAAAAUCAGGAAACCAAGGGGACCGGUGGUGGCCGGCGCGGAGUCACGUGACCCUGCCGCGAGUCCACCGGGUGAUGGUGGAGGCGAGCGUGGGAGGGGAGGAGGGCGACAUCGCCGUCGACGACAUCUCGCUCGUGCCCGGAGCCUGCCCCGCCUCUGAUGUGUGUGAUUUUGAGGAGGGGAGCUGCAACUGGCAACAGCAGAGCGGCGAUGACGCCGACUGGACCCGAGCGUCGGGGGCCACCCCGAACCCCGACACGGGCCCCGACAGCGACCACACCAGCAACACGCCCGGGGGCCACUACUACUACCUGCCCUCCUCCGGCCAGGACGCUCCCGGUCAGACUGCUGCCAUGUUGUCACCCGCGUACCCCCCAGAACAAGGAGCUUGCGUCCAGCUGUGGUACCACAUGCACGGCAGAGGCGUCGGCACGCUGAACCUUUAUCAGCAAAGCGAAGAUGGCCGACGGGCUCUGAUUUUCUCCCAGGCGGGAAACCAACGCGCCCUGUGGCGCUUCGCCCAGGCGGCGCUUCUGCCCCGGGUCCGACCGUACAGGUUAGUGUCUUUCUUUCCAUUUCAGCUGGUGGUGGAGGGCGUAAAGGCCGGUCCCACCUCGGAGGGCGACAUCGCCUUUGAUGACAUCCACGUGUCUGACGCCGAGUGCCCCCCGCACGACGCUUGCGACUUUGAGCUCAACAUGUGCGGCUGGAGCAACGUCGGCGGAGGAGUGGACCAGGAUGACUGGCUCCGUGGCAGUGGAGCCUCCCCGAACCCAAAUACGGGACCCGGUGUGGAUCACACCACAAACAUGCCACACGGCUACUACCUCUUUGUGGACAGCUCAGUGGGAGAGUGGGGCGACACCUCCUUCCUUGUUAGUGACAUGCUCCAACCGGCCACGAGAGGGCACUGUCUUAGGUUUUGGUAUCACAUGUUGGGUCCGGAUGUCGGGACCCUCCGAGUCUACGUCAAUGACGGAAAAACAUAUGACGGCGGCAACGAGGCGGGUGUUCAGAAGUGGGUCGCCGUUGGAAACAAGGGAGACGAGUGGCUGCGGGCCAGUGUGUUCGUUGAGCACCCCCGUGCGUUCUGGUUUGUGUUUGUGUAUCAGAAGGGGGAGAUCGCCGGUGGGGAUGUUGCCCUUGAUGACGUCACCAUUUCCCACGGACCGUGUCACGCCAACCCUAUCGUUGAGCCUGCCGAUAAACCAGAUAUGCUUUCUAUCGGCCUGGCCGUGGGUCUGACUCUCUUUGCUGGAGUCGUCAUCAUCUUCCUCAUUACACGACACAGGAAGAACUGUGCAAAGUCAUGCAACGAUGUGCACAGUCAGAACUCCGCGUUUGACCUCUAUGACUGCAAAAUAGAUGGCACAGAGCAUGGCAGUGUGUCUCACAUGUCCUUCUUUAACAAGCUGUACAAGGACUCUUCAAGUAAAACCAACACUGAUUCAUCGAGUGCCUAGCAUCAAUAUCCGUUCAUUUUUCUUUUGUAGCCCACUUCGAUGAUGUGAAAGUAUGUGGAGAAGAAAUCGAUUUUAUGAUCAAAGAUAUACCCGUACCUGUUUUGGUUGUGUGUGUGCUACAUAUGAUUUAUCCGUUAGCUCUCAAGGUGCAUUUAUUUGAAAUAUGGAAGGCACCUUAAAUGUGAUAGAACUUACUUGCUUUUUCCUGAAUUGGAAUAUUUUGUCCGUUUUUUUUUAACAUAUACGGUACUGUAUAUAAAAUGCAAUUUAAAGAA